AUGAUAAUAACCUUAGAACGCGACAAUGUAGCUAUUCUACUGGAAGUUAAUAGUCUCAUAAUAGCAUUAGCCUCACAGUACUCAUCUCCAGCAGAAGACCUAAACAUCCUUCUGGAAUCGACCAACAAGAUCCUAAAUCACACUAAACGAUAUGGGCCUACCCCAUGCAAGGCAGAAAGACAAGGCACCUAUCCACAGUACAAAGACCUUUCGCCCUUAAAUAUUACUAAAGCUUAUCGCACGACAUCAUCAUCCGCCUUAAACGCACUAGCAGGAUGGCUUCUUCUACACAUACGUAUCGAAGAAGAAGCCGCACGACAGCUCGUCAAACAACUGAAACGUCCAGUAACCUUUGACGACGAGCUUUUUCUACCAGAGGAUUUCGAACUACAGGCCACACACCUGCACAUUCAUCCCAGCACCAAGGGCAGAGGCGUCCGAAUCAAGGGUAUCACUACGGUAUUGGAACAACCGUCAGAUAACACAGUGUAUACUGACGGCUCUAAAAUUGACAACAAACUGGGCAGUGCCUUCGUUGCCUUGUGUCCACCAAUAAUAAUACACAAAUGGCAAGGAGCCCUUAGGGACUUUAAUAGUGUUUUCCAAAGUGAAGCUAUAGCCAUGGAACAGGCCAUACAAUAUCUACAACAAAAACAAAUUAGGGAAGCAACCAUUAAGACAGACAGUCUAUCCGUUGUACACGCCAUUAAUAAUGCGGAACAUUCAUUACCCACCAUAGCAUCCAUACAACAAAGAUUGCGAGACAACAAUGUACAGUCCUACAUGCUGGAAUGGACUAAGGCACAUGUAGGAGAUUACGGAAAUGAGAUGGCAGACAGUCUAGCUAAGGACGCGGCUCUAGGUGGAACUUCAGGUCCAGUCAACAUUCCCUGGCCAAUUUCCCACCUCAAAAAAUCCUUGAGACUCCACGCUACGUCUAAAUGGCAGGAAGAACGGGAUCAAGGAGAGACAGGACGCAUAACUUACUAUCACCUAUCAUAUGUUGCUCCGGGAAGGACUAUAAGUAAUCCACAGCUCAUACGCUACAUUACGGGGCAUGGUCCCUUCCCAUAG